AUAAGUUGUCGCGAGAUUUGCAAAUAUGUUGUCGAUAAACCGAGAAAACGAACCGAGGAUUAGUGUUUUUGAAAAUUACUACGACGAUAGUAGCUCCGAAUUCGACGAAACUGAAGAAGAGAGUUCGCAGAAGGACGUCCCACCAUGGGACGUAUUCGAAUGUCUUCCUCCUCCACCAGAAAGCGGAUCUAUGCGAAAUAACAGAUUUUUCGAGAUUGUCAUUUGGAUCUUAAAAAUGUUGAUUUAUGGAUUGUUAUUCAGUAUCGUUUUAUGCAGUGGUAUCGUGUCUAAAUUAGCUGUUCUACUGGCUACCGCUCAGCUACGAAAGAAUCAAUCGGUGCCCUCUUGUAAUCGUAGUCGAGAACUAAAGGAAUCUAUUACCGAAUAUACGCAAGAUGGCCAUGGUAUAAGAUGGACAUGGUGUCUGAUUUUUAUAUUUCUCGUUCCCGAAUGCAUCGGAGUAUUAAAUACCUUGUUGCACCAUCUAUUCAAAAGGAAACCAAGGAUGCCAAAGAAACGAAAUAUUUUACUUAUGAUCCUGAUAGACACGCUUCACACGAUUGGUUUAGUGCUGUUAACUUUUGUUAUUUUACCGCGAAUCGAUGCGGUGCAAGGCGCCGCCAUAUUUUGCUGCCUGUGUUUUGUCCCAGGAUUGUUGAAUCUACUUUCACGAAAGAAAGAAAAUCAAAAUGCAUCGGCAAACAAAUUAAAAUUGCUAAGAAUUUUUGACGCAUUGGCGUUGAUUGGCCAAGUGAGCGGAAUGUUGUGGCCUUUGAUUCUUAAUAUCGAGCACGAUGUUGACGACAUACUAAUGUGGAUUUCUCCCAUUGCUCUCGUGUUGUGCUCAAGCCGCUGGUGGAGCAACUUUGUGCCGUCCCACAGCAACAGUCGUUUGAUGCGAUUCUUAUCCCGUGCUAAAGAAGAUCUUCAAUCAGGUCAACAUAUCGUACAAGGAUAUGUCUCCCUUUGGAGAAUAUUUAUUUUUAUCACGGGUGCUCUCAUCGUUAACGUAUGUGAAGGACUAGAGGCAAGGGAUUUCUUCUCUCUGAAAUUCACUGUAUCCACACCCCUUUACAUUCUUGCGAUUCAAGCUACUUGCGCCAUGACGAUGUAUCAAUCUUGCAAAUUUGCUUAUAGAACCCAUAUGCAUCAAUUUGGUUUUGCGUUUCCAAUAAAUCUGGUUAGCCUGGGAGCGGUAUGUUUGAUCGUGACACUGUGUGCCGCGAGGAAUAGGGACAUCUGUGCCUUUCACGACGUUACCUCGGAUUAUCUUUUUUUCGAGGAAUUUCUCUUUGGAAAUUGGAACGAAUUUCUUUCUAGGUGGUACACUUGGUUCUGGUUGAUAUGGUUCAUAUCACAGAUAUGGAUCACGACGCAUCUGUGGACCACCGAAAACGAAAGAUUAGCACCAGCGGAAAAGAUUUUUUCCACAAUCACUUAUGAUUCGCUUAUGAUUGAUCAAUGUUUAGCCUUAAAUAGAAGGACACAGAAUGAAAAUAUCGACCAAGAUCAAGAGGAGAAAAACAAAGAUGCUCAUCUUCCAAAUGGUGAUCUAAGAUUCGAAGCUACCGACAUUAAAUUGGAUGUUGGAACAAUCGAACAAGAUUUUGACAAAGAUGACCUGGAUACGGCAGUCAAUAAACGUAAGGAUCGAAUCACGAGAAUUUAUGCGUGUGCUACAAUGUGGCACGAAGAGAAGAACGAGAUGAAUCAUUUGAUAGGCAGUAUUCUGCGAUUAGACAAGGAUCAGUGCGCGAUGCGUGUCACACAAAAACAUUACAAGGUUCACAUCGAGGAUUAUUAUGAAUUGGAAACACACAUCUUCUUCGACGAUGCAUUUUGUUGCAUGCACGGCUGCGUUGGUUUGUGCAAUCAUGACGAAAAUGAGACGCAAGUCAAUCAAUAUGUGAUAACGCUGGUGGAGACGGUCCAAAGAAAUGUAGAGAACUUGUGGAUGCGUUCUUCACCGCCUACUAAAUAUCCGACACCUUAUGGGGGUCGUCUCGUGUGGACAUUACCAGGAAAAACCAAGUUGAUAGUUCACCUGAAAGACAAAAACAAGAUCAGACACAGAAAACGGUGGAGUCAAGUCAUGUAUAUGUACUAUCUUUUGGGCUAUCGCCUAAUGGGAUUACCGAUCGACGGAGAUCGUAAAGAAACUAUUGCUGAGAACACGUAUAUUCUUACAUUGGAUGGAGAUAUCGAUUUUCGACCGGCCGCUGUUAAAGUUUUGGUAGAUCUGAUGAAAAAAGAUAGAGAUCUCGGCGCUGCGUGUGGUCGAAUACACCCGGUUGGAUCAGGUCCAAUGGUUUGGUUUCAAAAAUUUGAGUACGCUAUUGGUCACUGGUUACAAAAAUCUACGGAACAUACGAUCGGUUGUGUUCUGUGUAGUCCUGGCUGUUUUUCACUCUUUAGAGCAAAAGCGUUACAGCAGCCCAAUGUAAUGGCGAAAUAUGCUACUAAAUCUACUGAAGCCAGACAUUACAUUCAAUAUGACCAAGGUGAGGAUCGCUGGCUUUGUACAUUGCUUCUCCAAGUGGGUUCCCGGGUCGAAUACUCAGCAGCGAGUGAUGCAUAUACACACGCACCAGAACUCUUUAAAGAUUUUUAUAUACAACGACGUAGAUGGAUACCCUCCACUAUCGCAAAUAUUUUCGACUUACUGAUGACUGCUAAACAGACGAGAAAGGUGAACAACGAUAUCUCGUGGUUGUACAUUGCUUAUCAGUGGAUUCUAAUGGGAAGUACAAUUUUGGGACCAGGCACGAUAUUUUUGAUGCUGGUUGGUGCAUUCGUCGCUGCAUUUCAUAUCGACAAUUGGACUAGUUUCUGGUACAAUCUGAUUCCAAUUGGCGUGUUUGUUGGAGUGUGCUUUACCUGCAAGGAGCGCAUGCAGUUAAUAGUAGCAGAGAUUAUCAGCGCUAUAUAUGGCCUAGUGAUGAUAGUCGUCCUAGUAGGAAUUAUGUUACAAAUCGCCGAAGAUGGAUGGCUCGCACCCAGUAGUCUGCUCUUUUUUAUUGUCGCCUGCCAAAUGACAGUCGCUGGUCUGUUACAUCCUCAGGAAGCGACUUGUCUAUUGUGUGGUGUUAUUUAUUACAUUACUGUACCAUCCAUGUACAUGUUGUUAAUCAUCUUCUCCGUCUUCAACGUACAUAAUGUUACAUGGGGCACACGUGAUUCGAAGAAAUUGAAUGUCACUUCUUCAGAUGAGCAGAGAUCUGCAGCAAUCAGCAAUUUAUCCGGCUUCAUGAUAGGAAAAAAAAAUAAGCAAGACAAAUUUGAAAAAGGUAGUGUCGAUUUUUCCUUGGGAAAUCUUUUUAAAUGCGUCUGCUGCAUUCAUUCUGGAAUUAGUUAUGAAGAGAAGCGGUUGAAUGAAAUUAACGAGUCCCUACAACAGAUAAACAAACGUCUGAAUUUAUUAGACAGAUUACAUACAGUAAAUAUGGAGACUAGCAAUGUUGCCCAAUCAACAUCUAAUGCUAAUAUGUAUCCAAGACCAUAUUUUCCGAUAGAAGAGACGGUAGAAGAGGAAAUGCAUGAAGAAAUCGAGUUACAACACAUAGCCGAUAAAAGUGAUCAGGAAAAUGUCAUCUAUAAGGAUGUCGAUGACGAUGAAAGUGACGUUCUGACGCAAGUAUCCGCAACCUCGAGUCAGGAUCAGGCUAGUUUCCUCAUCAGCCCUUACUGGCUUCAGGAUGAAAGACUGCGAAGAGGAGUCGUAGAUUUUCUAUCGAACGAUGAGGAGGAAUUUUGGAAAGAUCUGAUUGGAAAAUAUUUGCGACCUAUUGAAACCGAUGAAGAAAGUCAAAAUAAGAUAACUCAAGAAUUAAUGAAUUCUCGUGAUGCGUAUUUAUUAAAAUUCUUUAUGUUAAAUGCUUUGUUUGUGCUAAUUGUAUUCCUUAUGCAACUAAAUAAAGAUACAUUGCAUUUGCAAUGGCCCCUUGGAAUGAAGUAUAAUGUCACGUACAAUUCAAAAGGAUUUGAGGUACAUUUAACUAAAGAAUACUUGAGACUUGAGCCGAUAGGAUGUCUAUUUAUAGCUGCAUUCAUCAGCAUAUUAGGUAUACAAUUCUGCGCUAUGCUAGUUCAUCGAUUCGAUACAUUUUCCCAUGUACUCGCUAAUACAAAACUUCCUUCUUGUACUAAGAUAACUUCUUCAGAAGACAGCGUUUUCGAAAAGCAUGCUGAUAAAAUAGCAGAGAUGCUUCAACGUAUGGCGGAAGAUGACAUGACAUUCGAAUUUAGACGAAGCACCGUGACUUUUCCUAAGCAAAACACACACGACUUAACGGAAAAUUCCAAGAGCUCAUUGAAGAUAUUGGGAAACUUUGAAAGACUCUUUCGACGAAAGCUUCAUGAUCCAAGUUCAGGUUUAUCACAACGCAUGUCCUCGCAAAUGCCGAAAAAUGCGUUUAGUGCUUUUGAACGGAGGCGAUCAACAAUUUUAGCAAAAAGGAAGACGAAGACUCAGAAAUCAUACGAAAUUUAUGAUGAUGCUGAUAAUUUAAGAUCUUCAAACAAUCGGAUUUUUCAACCAGGACAGUCGAAUUCCCAGUCGAAUCAAUUUCAAUAUGAUAAUCCAGGAUUUAAACAGGACGAGAAUAUAUGAGGCGUGAGAUAUGCGAAACAACUUAUUUUGAGAUAUAAUACAAGAAGAAAGUUUAUAUAAAUUUCAUAUGUGUGCCUCUGACAAUCUAAUAAAGAUGUAUCAAAUCAAGAGCUUUAGUUUUAAAAUUUACAUUAUGUUACAGUAGGUCAGCAAAUCAAAUAAAAAUAAGCAACUUGGUAAAAUUGUUAUAACAAAGUAGAUUACUUCGUUUUCACACAUUAUAAAAAUUAACUUCAAUAGUUUCUUUUACAGCAUUUUUCCUUCAUUAUAAUCGUUCUUGUAAUUGAUAUUAGAAUAUUACGUUUAACAUUCUUUUCUUUCGCGUAUUGAAGAAAUUAGAAAAAUUUGGAUCUAAAUAAAUCAAUGAAUUUCAAA